CAGAUGCGCCCCCUGGCGCAGCAAGCGCGGAGAGCUCGCCUUUCAGCAACGCCCAGAAGGACAGCACGGCCAUGUCAGCAUCGAACGAUACUCUGCUGGACUGCAUCCUCGUCCACAAGCUCGGCAACAACAGCCAGGCCCGAUGCCUGCUGGUUCACGACCUGGAUGACUGCGACGCGGGCCGUGCGCUGCUGCCCUACAUCGACUUCCUGUACUGCUGGUCGACGUGGGGGUACUGGCCCUUGGCACUGCUGUCCCUGUGGCUGGUCACGCUUCUCGUUGCCCUCGGAUCGACUGCCAGCUCGUAUUUGUGUCCAGCGCUGGUCGUCAUCUCCAAGUCUCUACAGCUCUCGCAAAGCGUCACCGGUGUCACGCUGUUGGCCUUUGGUAACGGCGCACCUGACACCAUAGCCACGAUCGCCAGCAUUGGGCGCAACCGAACGGAACUAGCCAUUGGCGAACUUUUCGGCGGUGGAACGUACGUGGCGACCGUGGUCGUCGGGCUUAUUUUCAUCAGAAAUGACUUCGACGUGAUUUCGACCUCCCUCAUGCGAGACAUUGUUUUCUACCUGACUGCAUCGUACUGGGCUUUUGCGCUCUAUCUUCAAGGGUAUGUUACUGUGAUCCAUGCGGCCGGUUUUAUUGCACUCUACCUCGUUUACAUCACAGUAGCCGUGUUCAGUUCGAAUAUUAUUGCCAUGUACUACCAGGUCAAGCUGAGAAUCGUUUCUCUUUGGCAGCAACGAUCGCUCAGCCCCAGCAAUUCAAGUAGAGGCUCAAGCAGUAUUGCUCGCAUCAGUCCCGACAGCGCCCUGGAAAGCGCCCAAGACAGUGCCCCAGACAGUGCCCCAGACAGUGCCCCAGACAGUGCCCCAGACAGUGCCCCAGACAGUGCCCCAGACAGUGCCCCAGACAGUGCCCCAGACAGUGCCCCAGACAGUGCCCCGAACAGUGCUCCGAACAGUGCUCCGGACAGUGCUCCGGACAGUGCUCCGGACAGUGCUCCGGACAGUGCUCCGGACAGUGCUCCGGAGAGCGUCACAGACAGUUCCCCGGAAAGUGCCCCAGACAGUGUCCUUGACAGCGUCACAGAUAGUGGCCUGGACUGCGCCAUUGACUGCGUAGUCCCCGAGAAUGCCCCCCAAAACGUCCCCGAUAAUGCUCCUGGCGAUUCCGCGGAAGCAGAGGACAUUGUCGCGAUUCCAGUUCCGUUUGUGCAGAGGCCCCGGUUGCGGCGCUCGUCUUCCGGCGUGAGCUUGCACCACCACCACGAGAACGCCAUCUACUUCUUCACCACAUCUGUUGAAGAGUCCUGCGCACGGCCGCAGAGGGUCUCUCCACCGCGUGCGCCGCACCUCGAGCUCUCAUCCCGCCACGGCAGCAGCUCGAUUUCGUCCAGUGGAGAAACGAUGCCGCUUCUCGGCACGGCGGAGCAAAGAAUUGAGAACGGACAGUGGAAAGAACUACUACUGCAGCUGUCGCCCAUCGAACCGCGUGAGUGGAACACCAAGCCACUAUGGAGCAAGUUGUACGACAUGUUCACUCUGCCCAUCCACUUGGUCCUAGUGCUGACGAUACCCGUGGUGGACCCCGAGAACCGGCUUGCGAAUUGGUGCCGUCUUUUGAACGCUUUUCAGUGCGUCACCAGUCCGAUCCUGGCACUCUUACUGUUCCGAGGAUUUUUCCUCCGCCUGGGAGGCCUCGUCCCCCUGUGGACGAUUGCACUCGUACUGGGAUCGAUCCUGGCCACAGCCGUCCUGGCCACAUCCGUGCCUCACGAGCCCCCGAGCUACCAUUGUGCAUUUGCUUAUGCGGGCUUCGUCGUGUCUGUCGUCUGGAUAUACGGUAUCGCCACUGAAAUCGUGGCGCUGCUGAAGACUUUCGGCGUGUUCUACGGCAUCAGCGACAUGCUUCUAGGCAUGACCGUACUGGCUUGGGGAAACAACAUCGGAGACCUGGUGACCAAUUUGUCGUUGUCUAAGCAAGGCUUUCCCCAGAUGGCAAUGGCGGCCUGCUUUGCCGGUCCGGUACUAGCUUUGCUGCUCGGCAUUGGAGUGGCAUUCAGCAUAAACUUCACUACGUGGGGCCUAGAGAUGAUCAAGUUGCCGUAUAGCAACUUUCUUCUGGUGAUCUAUUUUGUUCUUGUGGUCAUGAUGCUUCUGCUCCUCUUCUCUUUGGUCCUCACACGGUUCCGUUCCUCGCGGGCCGUAGGCAUAAUGCUCAUCGUUCUUUAUGUUAGUUUCCUGAUCACUACCUUCCUGAUCGAGUUCACCUACUUCCCAGUCGUUGUCAAAUUAUUCAGCCCCUUCCGUCGCUGAUGCAAAGAGGGUAGGUGCCUGGGAGCUGUUUGGCGUCUAAAAGCUGUGAAUCGAGGACUUGCUGGCUUUCGGACACUCGAGAGUUAAGACUCCCUGUCAGUGAGUGGUUGAUAUGGCUGUGGUAGGCCUUCGGAGCGAUGCAUGAUCGAUCCCUACGCAUCGUUUCCAUUGAGUUUCCAAGAACUCGUUAUAUGCCACCUUCAACUUGUAUUCUGUUUCUGUUGCUUUUUACUUUUUUAAGCAUGCUCACUACAAUUUUCCUUUUUUUUUUUUCUCCCGUUUUUAUUAAAUUCGGCGGUAACUGCAACAUAUGCCGAGCACGUUAAACGUGCGAUCCUGCCGAACAUUUCCACAGGAUGUGUUUUUAAUCUCGUCGGCUUUUUGGCAGUUGCCAGUUGAAUAGUGACGUGCCCGUCGCUGGCAGACGUUCGCAUAUAAUAGCAUCUUUGCCAUCUACUAUAUUUCUGCCGCGGCUGUUUGUAUUGUUUUAUAUUGCCACUAUUUCUUUAGUGUGUACCUAAGAAAAUGUAUCGAGGUUUUGAACGACGUGCAUCUGAAGAUAGGAACUGCGGGAACGUUUACACCUGUUUUAUCUGCCAAGGUCAGAACACGCGCCGAUAAAUUAUGCGAGUAAGCACGAAACCGAAGAUGCACAAAAAUAAAAACUGUACACCACUUUCAUUCGACUGUUGUCUCUUCAUUGUGACGUGCAUGAAAAUGGCUGUUUCAUCGAGCCUUUGUUUCAGACAGCUGUGUGUAGCCCGGCCUUAUCCUUGUAUUUCUUUUUUUUUAAUAACAAAUAAAAACCG